GUAUCUAUCUCCACUUCCCCUCCGCCUCAAAACUCAUUUUAGCUCAUUCAACUCAAAUCAGUUUUCCUUAUCCUUUGUCUGUUUCUGUUAUUGGGUUCCUUCUGGCGUCAAAAAUUACACCUAUUGCUGUUAUGUUGAUAAUAAGCUCGCUCUCAACCAACAGCUUUCUCUAGCAUCCCUUUUGGACUCUACUUGCACCAGUAUUAUAGGAGUAGAUGCAUUGAUGAUGGAGGAGGAGGGGGCGCCUGCACGUCGACGUCUGGCCAUUCUUUCUUCCCAUAUUCGCCCAAUUCCUCCCCAAACUCAACCCCACCCCCAAUGCUCUUUUGCCGUCUUCCCUUCGAAUUGUGCUUCUGAGACUGGGCAAAGCCAAGAAGAAGCUGCUGAUUGCGUCUUUUGCAAGAUUGUUCGAGGCCAAGCUCCGGCUUUGAAGGUCUAUGAAGAUGAUGUAUGUCUCUGCAUUUUGGACUCAAAUCCUCUGAGCCAUGGGCACUCACUUAUUAUCCCAAAACGUCAUUUUUCUUCUUUGGAGGCAACUCCUCCGGAAGUUGUAGGCGCUAUGUGUUCAAAAGUACCUUUCAUUAGCAAAGCUGUAAAGAAGGCCACUGGUUGUGAUUCAUUUAAUCUGUUAGUUAACAACGGCGCUGCAGCUGGCCAAGUCAUAUUUCAUACUCACAUUCACAUAAUUCCUCGCAAGGCAAGUGAUUGCUUAUGGGCUUCUGAGAGUUUGAGAAGGCGGAAAUUGAAGUUAGAUCAGGAAGGUUUGCGACUGGCACGUAGCAUCCGCGAUAGGUUACAGUUUGUGGAGAAUUUUGAUGAAAGCAAGGGACAAGGGUCCAGUCUCCUGGGGAGCUAGAAGGAGAAUUAAUUGUCUGGUUUGUUGUAGUAUAUUGAUAGCGGAGAUGUCUUCUUUCAUCAGUUUUGUGCUGUGGUGCCGAAGUACAUUACGGUCAAUUUACAGCUUCAUCUUGUUUGCAGGAACUGCUCUACUCUCUCUCCUUGUUCUUUUGCUUCUUCUCAGUUCUCUCA